UUCAUGAGAAAGUUGGCACAACUUUGACGGAAUGCAUCUGGAUGGAAACACAGCUAACCUUAGUUUAACGAGCUAAUACCUCAAAAUGAGCUAAUUGUGUAUCUAUCUUAUAGCUAAAGUUACGUAGGUUAAGACAUGCAACGUUAUCUGCGUAGCUAGCUAGCCUAACUAGCUAGUUAGCUAACUAGAUACCAUUGUUUUCGGAGUGGUGAAUGACGGUUUCCACACAUUGACUUUCGCUAGCUUUUUGCAUUAGCAACAGCAAACUAAUACAAAUGAAGAGGAAAGUGGCGAAAGUGGGUCGACUAAGGCUGAGUCCAAAUGAGGAGGCCAAGCUUAUAAAAGAGGAACUCGAAAGGAGAAGGAAACUGAGAUUACAACAGGUGCGGGAGCAGGAAAGGUACAUCGCGCUGCAGAUCCGCAAGGCGGUGCAGGAAAGGCGUGAUCGUGAGCUCCAGAAUCUAGCCGGGGAGCUGCAGGAAGAAUGGCAGAGGCAACAGGCGGAGAAGCUGCAGGCGCUGGAGAGACUUUACCAAGACAGCCUCAAAGCCGUGGGAGAAGGGCAUCGGAGUGCAAAGGAAAAUGAGCCCGACUGGGAGGCAAUUGCACAGAAGGCAGAGGAACGUCAGGAAAGGGCUGUGCUCCGCCACCGCGAAGCCCUGAAAGAGUUAAAAUCGAGAAGACAGAGGCAACAGGAGGAGCAAACUCGACACAUUCUUGCCAGGAAACAAGCCAUGCUGGUGGAGAAAGAAAGGGCGGCAAAAGUGGCCAGUCUCCCACCCCCUCCUCCGGAGCCAUUUGAGAAAAUUGAGGCAAAGAAGCUGCCUUUAGUGAAGAUGUCCGAUGUGGAUAAUUUCUCUGUCACACAUUUUCAUAUGCCAGAGACGGCUGUCGAUCACGACAGGGACACAGAACAGCCAGAUGCACGGCAGGCAGCAGAAGAGGAGGCCCAACGCCUGGAGGAGCUGGGCAAAGAGGAGGAGCAUGAGAGGAGGGAACGGCUGGCAAAGGCAAAGCUGCGGGGCGACUGUGCCCUGAGGAAGGAGAGGCUCAGCCAGGACAGAGAGCGCUUGCUGCAGGAGCUGGCCCGCAUGCAGCAGGCAGACCUGCUACGGCGGCGGCAAGCGGUGGCCCAGAUGCCUCCGCAGACCUACCAGCCCAUUUACAGCAGACAGGAAAUGAGGGAGGACUGGCAGCGGGAUCUGGAGUUUGCCUUCGAGGACAUGUAUGCAGGAGAGAGACGGAUGAAGGGAGAUUUGGUCCUGCAUUUGGUCCCAGAGCCCCUUCCCACCAUGACGUCUGAAAGCCAUGAUGAUGACCUGAAUGUGACCCUGGAGCCUGAUGUGGCACCCAGUGCUGAGCAACAUUUAGAUGACCACCAGUUUCCAUCACCUCCUCCCCACACACAAGUCCCAGCUGAGCCAGCAGAGGGAGCUUCACGACAUGCACUGAAGAAACUGCUGAAUAAGAUCAGGACCCAGAGAAGCCAGUGGAGCAGUCGUACUGAGGGCGAAACAGCCGCAGAUGGCAUGACCAUCGAGACUGGCUCUCUAGCCAGUGAGGACAGGGGGACACUGGUUCCUUCAGUUCCUCUGCAUUCAGACCCCUCUCGGCCUUCCCAAGGUCAUGAAACCACAGAGGAGUCAAUAGUUGCCGGAACACUGCUACAUCCCAAAGAGCACGCCAUUAAAAUCAGCUCGGCCGAAGCGGAGAGGAGGAAGCGGGAGGAGGAGCUGGAGGAGCAGAAGCAGGAGCAGAUUGCGCUGCUGCAGCAACUGGAAGAACAGAGGCGGAGCAUCGAGCUGCAGCUGCAGCAGGCGCAGCUGGAGAAGGAGCGGCUGCAGGCUGCUGUUCAGUGGGAUUUGGAUCAAUUCGCCCAGCAGGAAGUACCGGCACACGAACAGGAAGUGCCACCAUCGCUUGCAGUGCCUCCUGAGGUUGUUCUGGAGCAGCAGUCUACAGCUGCAGAGGAUGGGGACGAUCACUCAAGGAAGGUACAGCAGUAUCAGCAGCGCCUGCUGGAGCAGCACCGGCAGCAUAAGCAGACUGUGGAGGAGGCUCGUCAUCGACUGGAGGAAUACCAGCGCGCGCUGAAGAUGCGGUAUCCCAGUUCCCUCACGGCUGCAGCCGGUCCUGCCGUCUCCUCGCAUUCUCUGCACCUCCAGGCAAAGGCGGUUCCAUCCGCGGGAGUACCGUCUGGCCCCUGGGUCCCCCCCGUGCCUUCCUCCACAGCCGCGCUGUUUUUGCCCCAGCAGCGGCCUGCGGGCGCUCUUCAGCCCGGAGGGGCAGUGAGCUUUCCCUUUGUUCAUUCACACACGCAGAGCAGUGACGCCGGCGUGGUCUCUGAGACUCACUCCAGCAUCCCUGUGCCGGGCCCCUGCCCCGUAGCUCCAGCUGUCUUCACUCUCCCAGCGGGAAGGGAGCAGCCUCCUCGGGACUCUCAGAUGCCCCUGCUGCCCGAGCCCACACCAGACCUGUCCGAGAUCGAACCUGCGCCACUUGCACGUGUCUCGGAGAGUGCGCCCGAGCAGCUGCAGCCGCCCUCCGUCCUGCUGCCGGCGCACUCUGCAGCGCUAGUGAACCCUACCGCUGUAGCUCCGCAGCCCUCCGCACCGGAGCCGAAGGGUCUGCCGGGCCGGGCGUCUCCUCCGUCUCCCGAGUCUCCAACCCCAAAGCCCAGCCCCCGGGAGUCUCCCCCGCCCCCGCGAGGCGAGGCGGCGGUGUCGCUGACUGUGGCGGAGCUGGAGGCCCAGCGGCGGGAGCUCCAGGAGGCACAGCUCCGCCUGGAGGCGCAGCGGAAGGCCUUCCUCGACCAGCAGAGGGCGCAGGAGCAGGCGCUGCUCCAGCAGCAGAGCCAGCUGAGGGAGCAGAUGAGGAGGCAGCGCGAGGCCCUGGACACGCUCCUCUCCGAUGCACAGCCCUCUCAGUCUAGACCAUUGGAGCUGGGGGUGAGCAGGACAGAGCAACUGAGUCUGAUGUCCACUUUAUUGAAAGCCAUUGAGGAGUCGAACGGCAGCCUUGCCUCAUCUCAGACCACUGACCUUCUGCCCCAUUCAUCCGCCCCACCCAGUCUGAACCAGGCUGGCUCACUUAACCAUGUUUCUUUGUCAAGUGACCCUGGGUCUCAGAGUGAUUCGAGGAGCAGGGCGCCCCCCCAGGCCCGUGCCGCCAAGCCCCCGCUGGCCCGACCCAGACUGGGCCUUCUGGAGAUGAUUGAGCAGCAUGAGCUCAGCGCUAUUCAGGAGGUGGAGACGCCCAUCAAUGCCAGCCUAACUGCAGCUGGAGAGGAGCCGGAGGCGUCCUCCACUCUGAUGGAUGAGCCCGAUGAGUCGAAUGCCUCAUCCUGUUUGGAGAGGGGACCCUCGAGCACCUCGCGUGGGAGCGGCUCCGGCUCCGGGAGCGGACGCUCCGGCAGACUGUCCUGGAGGGAGAGACUGCUGCUGGAGUCUGGCUCAUCUCCAGAGGCUGAUCCUGCCAGAGCCUCAGCCUUGCCACUGCAUUCCUCUGUGAUGGCCAAACCCCGUGAGGAGCAGGGAGGAGUGCCUCUCCAGUGCUCAGAGGAGAGGUAUUCUCCUCCAUCAGUGCAAGCCCCAGCGGAUCCAGAGUGUCUGUCCUCCACCACCAUUUCCACUGGGAGCUUCUCCACCAACGAGCAGGAUUUCAGCUCCACUGCCGUAGAUUCAUCGCUACCUGCAGAUACUGAAAGAGGAGGAGGAGGUCUUGCCUCCUUGUGCAGGCACAGCAUCCGUGACGACUCGAGUCACCUGUCCCCCACUUCCGAGUCCAUCUCGCACAGGAGCAUGAUCCAGAGCAUCAUUGACAAGUACACAAGGGAGCUAAACGUGUCACUAGAGGCUGUUGGGAGCUUUGCAGCUCCGUCUGCAGAGAGAGAUGUUUCAGGUCUGGGAGGGGAGUCCUCCAUCUCCCCACCAGGACUGAAGGACUUAGUGAAUCGUGUGGAGGGAUGGUCUCUGGUGGCAGAACGAGACCUUUCAUCUCUCUACUCAGGCCCGUCAUUUGGAAUUCAUACUUCCUCCCAGGAAGCCUCCAUCCCAAAGCUCUAUGAUGGUUCCAGCUCUUUGUACCUUCAAGACGCACAUGGAGAAGUCGGCAGCAGGGGGCUGAUGGAGGCCAUGGAAGAUGUUUCCACGUUCAGCUUUGAAGGUCCACAGAAUUCUUCAGGUCACUUUCUCCCUCUGGAGCCCAGGCCAGACUUUAACUCCUCCACGUCUUCCUCCCAGCGCUCAGAGAGACAGGAACAGAUAAGGAGAGCUGAGGAAUGGGAUUCUGUGAGCCAGAUAACUGGACACACCUCGGGUCAGUCAUCCUCUGUGUGUCAGGCAGAAUGGAGGGACAGCACGGUGAGCCGGCUGAUUGGUCUCUUCUCGGAUCAGUCAACUUCUCAUUGGCUAAAUGAAGGGCCGGACUCUGUCACGAACCAGUCAGUUGGUCCGCUCUCGGAUGACCCCUCCUCACAGUUGCUGGGUGGAGGGCGACAGAUAACGGGUGAAUCGGAAGACAUUUCUGUGGACCAGCAGAGUGAGAGCUCCGAAGGAGGCACAGAUCAUUCCCUGCCCCGGAGAGAGCACGGAGGCCCAGCCAGAGCAGGUCAGCCCGUAGAACCAGCAGCGUCCCCAGGACUCUCCCUGAUUAGCACCGGCCCAUCAGACCCUGAGCUGGACACUCAGGAGACUGAGCCUCCUUCACUGACUCAGCAGGAUUCCCUGAGGAAUGUCCAGGAUGUUAUCUUUGAGUCUAGCAGGGAGCUGCAGGAGACUGGGAUGUUCCUGGAGAUCUCCCCAGAGUAUACACAGGCCCUUCAGGACCCUGCUGAAGGAGAAGGGACUCUCGUGGACCCCACUUCGGAUUCCUUUCAUCCUCUGCUGGCGGAGGUCACUCAGAACGACGCUACUGAGCACUCCGUGACCUUCCACCUCCCUGAGCAGGAGCCGCAGCGCUCCGGGGUGGCCCAGGAGGGCGGAGCCCCGACGCGUGAGACAGAGCGACCUCCCUCGCCCGAGCAGCUGAGAGCUGAGCAGCAGGACCCCUCCCCGCUCCCGCCAGCUCCGCUGCAGGACUCGCUUUACCAGCUGGCCGAGUCACAGAGCAGCACCCAGGACUCGGUCCUGACGGAGUCCCUCCUCACAGCGGACCCGCUCCUCACAGCGGACCCGCUCCUCACAGCGGACCCGCUCCUCACAGUGCGCCGCCUCCCCGGCCUGAGUCCUCCUGACCUUGCGCCAGUACCCCUGCCUGAAGAGGGGGCGUGCUCAGACACGAGGCCCGCUCUGCGUGAGGGUGAUGAAGCCCUGACGCAGGGGGAGUUUGGUACCAGGAAGCCAGACACCAGCGCAGCAGAUGGCGCGGGCAGUUCUAGGUCAAAGGACAGCCUGCCUGCCUGGGAUAGAAUCCUGGAGUUGGGCAGUGGGGGAGGGAUCCUGGAGGAGCCAGAGCUGACACUCAUGAACCUGACUGAAAGCACAGUGCAAGAGCUGAGUGUUGAUGAAGAGGAUGAAGAGGCCAGGGGUAAAAGCAGGGAGCCUUUGAGUGAGGAGAACUUCAAGUCUCUUUGCCUGGAAGACACCAGGAAUACAAAGGAAGAGUCAGUGCAAUCUCAUGCAGUGAUGCUGCUGGAGUUCCAGUCCUCCCCUGGAGACUUGCAGCAAGCCUUUCUGCAGAGACGCCAGGACUUCGUCCAGAGAUCUGCCAGGAGGCUGGAGGAGAUGAGGUCUAGGAGGGCAGAGAUGAAGGGCUCACCACAUGUGAACUGGCCUAAAAACACCAUGCAAAGCUCAAACACGAAGUCGCAGCUUCAGCCCCUGGUGGGUGGGAGCGAAUUGAAGAAGGUGGGGGAAGUAAGAGUGUGUACACCUGAGCACAGGAAGAUGGAGGAGGCGGAGAUGCACCAGCGCACGGAGAGAUUAUAUAACCAACUCGAGGAGGUGAGGCAGCGCAAGGAGAUGAAGUUGAGGCAGGAAUCCUAUGCCAAAAACAGGGAAAAAGCCAAGGAAUUUCAGAAGAAAACUUUACAGAAGCUAAGAGCAAAGCAGGCUCGUCGUUGAAUGUCAUCUUGUAUGUGUUUUUAAUGUGUUGUCGCUUAAAUUAAUUUAUACUGUCA